AUGGCUCUCCGGACCGUAGCCAUUGCCGGCGCAACAGGCAAUCUGGGGUCGCACGUCGCCCGGGCAUUCCUAUCCCCCGAAUGCCGCACCAGGUUCCAAGACAUCGUCGUCCUCGCGCGAGCCGAGUCCAAGGCCGCUGCCGAACUCGCCGCCGCCGGCGCCAAGCUGCGCGUCUACGGUGAAGACAACCUCGCACAAAGCCUGCAGGGCGUCGACGUCCUGAUCAGCGUGGUCGGGCCGUCGGGGCACGCCUUCAAGGAAAAGCUCCUGCGCAGCUUGCCCGCGACGUCGGUGAGCCUGUACUUCCCGUCCGAGUUCGGCGUCAAUCACUACAUACACGACUUCCCCCACGAGGAGUGGGACACGAAGAAGCGCCAUUUCGAGCUGGCCAAGCAGCUGAUUCCGAAUAUUCGCCGCUGUCGCGUCUACGCCGGUCUGUUGCUGGAAGACUCCAUCGGCCCGUGGUUCGGCUUCAACACCAAGGACGGCCGGUACGAGGCCGUCGGCAGCCCGAGCCAGCCGACUUCAUAUAUUAGCAAGUCGGACAUUGGACGGGCCCUGGCCAAUCUGGCGUCUUUGCCUCUGGGCGACGUCCCGGACGAAGUCAGCCUCAACGGCGACAGCAAGAGUUUCCAAGAAAUCGCCGACAUCAUGCGGGCCAGCGGCGCUGGACAGAUAGACGUCACUUCGGUGCCGCUGGCGACGUACAAGGCUCAGGUGCUGGCGGACCCGUCGCCCACGCCAGAGAGAUAUCUGCGGUUUCUGAUGGGGGAAGGUAAAAUCGACCAUUCUGACACCGGGUUGGGGAAUCAGAACGGCGUGGUGCUGAGCGGCGGGCCCGUUGCGUGGAUGCGGAUGCAGGAUUUGGCAAAGGAGACGGGCGGAAAACCAUGGGCCAGCAGUGUUUAG